GGCUGCGGUCAGGUGCGCAGGAAGCAGAAACCUCUCUACCUUCUGGUGCUUGGCAGGGAUGGGAUACGACAGGACUGCGGAGGACCUCUCUAAGGACCGGCAGUCAGUUUGCGUUACAGAGGCCCAGCAUGAAUAUUAACUGUGCCAGUGGGACUGACCAGUCAAGAAAUCAAGAGACCAAUCACCCUGCAGAAAAUAUAACUCCUCCAGUCCAUGAUCCAGAAGAAGAUAGCCUGGCCCGAGGCAGCCAAACCCCUAGCAUUUCUGCAGUGCCCAGGAAUGAUGAUACCGAAUUCAGAUACGCUUCUCGCCCAGCAACUCCCCAAUUCAGUAACAUACUACCCACCCCUGCAGAUACAACUGGCACUAAUCCCAAAGCUGGGAGUAAAAGACAUCUAGACCAUUUUAUUGCUCAAGAACGAAAUGGAAGCAGCGCUAUGGGCUCCACCAGUAGUUCACAAUCCCAGGCCCCAGAGAAAGUGACUCUUGUUGUAGAUGGCACUCGAUUUGUGGUGAAUCCGCAGAUUUUCACCGCUCAUCCUGACACCAUGCUGGGAAGAAUGUUUGGAGCAGGUAGAGAAUAUAAUUUCACUCGGCCAAAUGAAAAGGGAGAAUAUGAAAUUGCAGAAGGAAUUAGCUCCACUGUAUUUCACACAGUGCUGGAUUAUUACAAAACUGGAAUCAUUAACUGCCCGGAUGGAAUUUCUAUCCCUGAUCUCAGAGAUACGUGCGAUUACCUCUGUAUCAACUUUGAUUUCAACACAAUCAAAUGUCAAGACCUAAGUGCUUUGUUGCAUGAACUCUCUAAUGAUGGAGCUCACAAGCAGUUUGAUAACUACCUGGAAGAGCUUAUUCUGCCCAUAAUGGUGGGCAGUGCCAGGAAAGGAGAACGUGAAUGCCACAUUGUAGUAUUAACAGAUGAAGACACAGUGGACUGGGACGAAGACCAUCCACCUCCAAUGGGAGAGGAAUACUCACAAAUUCUUUACAGUUCCAAGCUGUACAGAUUCUUCAAGUACAUCGAGAACCGUGAUGUUGCAAAAACUGUCUUAAAGGAGCGUGGGCUGAAAAAUAUUCGAAUUGGCAUUGAAGGUUAUCCCACAUGUAAAGAGAAGGUCAAGAGGAGACCCGGAGGGCGGUCAGAAGUUAUAUACAACUAUGUGCAACGGCCGUUCAUCCAGAUGUCUUGGGAAAAGGAAGAAGGAAAGAGCCGUCACGUCGACUUCCAGUGUGUUAGAAGCAAAUCUCUAACAAACCUGGUGGCAGUAGGCGAGGAUGUUUCAGAAGACCAGGAACUUCUGAUGCAUCAUCCACCCCAGGUAGACGAACUCGAUAGGUUAAAUGCACCAUUCUCACAAAUGGCUCCUAACGAUCUGCCGGAUUAGUACGGACUAAGGGGUCUGCGGCUUUCCUGUGUUGGGAAAUUUCUCAGCAUCGUUUCAUCCCAGGACAUGGGACACGCUCUCUUGCAAGGUGUUUUAUCCUUGUAGUCGCUCUUAUAAUAGUGGAAUAUUUCAAGCAUGUUAAUAAUGAGCUCUGGUCCCUAAAUCUAACGGUGCAAUUGCAAGCACAGUCUCCUUGAGAAGGAAGGGAUGGAAGCUCUUCGCAGCCGGAGGCUUUGAGAUUUCCCCAGGUGCCUGUGCCCACGUGGAUUGGUGGUGGUUGAGCUUUACCUGAACCUGUGAAAGAACAGAAGUGUUAAAAAAAAUUGUUGUUCAGCAUGAGAAGGGGAAUUCCAUGAAUAUUAGCAUCAAAAGAGAAUUGUAUUGUAGACGCUUGCCUUUGUUUUAACGAUAAUCACUCAGUUACAAAGGGACCAACCAGCACCGCGAGACAGAUUCCACUUUUCCCUCCAAGCGCAGAUGUGACACUGUUGUGUCAGUAAAACCCCAGGGAUGAAGGAAUCUGUUUGCACCACCAGUAGGCUUUGCAUCCAGCAUGUAUACUACUGUACUCUAGAAAGGUGGAGCUGGUUUAACAAGUAGCAUUCGGCUGUUCACAGGCCAGUGCUCAUUUACAGUUCUGUGCAAGUCAGAAUCACCUCUUUUUAUUAAGGACAAGGUUGUGCUGUUGAGCUUAACCAGAGUAGAAAGUGGUGUGGAAUGAAAACAAAUCUAGAUAAUAUUUUACCAAAUAAAGCAGUCUAACUUAGCCUGUUAAAUGUGUGAAGCUCCUUUAGUGAUGGCUCUGUAGCCGAAGAAUCACCGUUUCUUGCUGCACAUGCAUGCUAAGCCAGAGUCUCUCAGCACAGCCAUGCAAACUGAAUUUACCUUGGUAGAACCUGUAGGUAGUUUUGUCUUCCUCUUUUAUAAUUGCUGCAGCUAUUCGUUCAAAAUUCCCAUUGGCUUCAAUGGGGGCACCCCACGCACAUCCGCUUGCAGAAUUUGGGCUGCUGGGCAGAUUUCAAGGCAAACUCCUUCCUUCCAGUUUGCAACUGAUUUGGGUAAUUUUAUUCUGUCAAACAGGCAAAAGAGAGGGGGGGGGAAUUUUAGCAGCAUUUUAUAUAUACACACAGUAAGAACAGCUUUGUAAGGAAGUAAAUCUACAGCUGAGAGAAAAAAUUUCCUGCUUCUCCUGACUUAGCGUGUGCGCUAAAGGCCCAGUUCAGACUGGAUACAGGAACAUACUAGCCAUGACCGUGUUCAAACAUGGUUGCAGCCAGUCCAGUCUGAAGUCCUAAUUUUUUUUUUAAGGGGUACAAAUGUUCAGUUCUCCCCCUCCAAAUAAGUACACCUGCAGUUAAUUGUGGUUGAAACUCAUACCACUUACACAUCUGCCUGCCUACAAAAACAGAGCCCAGUUCCUUAAAAUCAGCCCCUAAAAUACACAUCCACUUUUGCAUUGCUUCUUUUCUCUUCUCCCCCAAACUACUGUUUGGUGAAAGCAAAGCAUUCUUCCAAGCAUAUUUUCCCUCUGUCUGUUUGCAGAUUGUAAACUAGACUCUCUUGCUGCUAAAGGUAUAUUUGUGUAUUUUUUUCUCACCAUAUUUAACUUGAUAAUAUUAAGCACAAAUUGUCUUAUGAAUUUACAAACGCUGCUUUAGUUUAAAAAGGGACAAAUACUUGCUGAGGUGUAUCUAGUUCCCAUUUGUAUCUGUGCGCCCAGGUUCCCAUAUUUGCAGUGGCGCUUUCUUGGCCUCAAAAGAACAGCAAACAGAUUUCCUCUCCUUACAAGUGCCUAAGGGAAGGAGAUUUUCAAAACUGCCUACUGAAAGUCACUAGGCUGUGUGCUCCUAAAUCCCUUUAGGUGCUUUUGAAAAGCUCCUCCUAACUCUUUAGGGCAGGACAGAAAAGUGUCCUUAACCAUUUGCUGGCAGGUCAAUAGACAUUUUAUGCAAUCACUUUCUACUGUUGUUAGUUUUAAUUUUCUUCUGUUAAAUACUGGAAGACUUUACAUGGCAUGUGAAAAAAAUCUGCUUCCUGGAAGGCCCGAUUGAGCCCUUUCCUCAGGUUGGAGGGAGGUGCUCACAUGACUUCAUUGGGAGUACUCACCAGUGAGAUUCCAGGGCUUGCAGUUUGGCCUUACGGGUUGUAUGUUGUCUGUCUAUUUCUGCACCACCUUCAGUUUUAAGUAAACUGGAUAUACUGGAUAGCUGGUCUGGAAUUUGAGUUUACAUAUUUCUGUACACACACAGUGCCCUCAAAUCCCCUUGUCUGCAUUGGAGUAUCAGGGCUGAGCACUGGGCACCUGAACACCUUUCACAAGGUCAGACCCUUUUAGAUUCAGUGGGUGUUGAGGGCCCUCAGCACUUCUCACAAUCCGGUCCUAGUGUGUUAGGAGUAUGGAUUACAGCUAAUUAAAGGGUUUACAUAAACCAUUCUGUUCACCCACAAUUGUCGUUUAGCAGAUCCAGUUUUGGAGCUAAUUAAAUGUUUGGAAUGUUCUAAAGCGAAUUCCACUGGAACAUAGUUUAAAACUAAGUAAAUGGUGACAUUGACUGUCACCGAGCGUUCAGGUACAAGAGCAACUCGUUUCUUAUGUUUUAUAUUUGGUUCAGUGUUACUCAUGGUGUUUACAGGAUCCUGCAGUUGUAAGGUUUCUUUUCUGUAAUAAAGUGUUAUAAUUU